CCCCGCACUCGGUGCGCCGUCCGCGGACCGGACGACCCAGUGUGCGAGAGCCGUACUCUCCGUGCGGCUGACCCCGCGCCAAGCCUGGGCGGCUCGGGCCGCGGCCGCACAGCGCGUCCCGUGUCGAGAGCGCAGGCCUCAAAGACCCACCGCACUGACAGCAUGAGCCGCACCGCCUACACUGUGGGAGCCCUGCUUCUCCUCUUGGGGACCCUGCUGCCCACCACUGAAGGGAAAAAGAAGGGGUCCCAGGGUGCCAUCCCCCCGCCAGACAAGGCCAAGCACAAUGACUCAGAGCAGACUCAGUCUCCCCAGCAGCCCGGCUCCAGGAACCGGGGACGUGGCCAAGGGCGCGGCACCGCCAUGCCGGGUGAGGAGGUGCUGGAGUCCAGCCAGGAGGCCCUGCAUGUGACCGAGCGUAAAUACCUGAAGCGGGACUGGUGCAAAACCCAGCCGCUGAAGCAGACCAUCCACGAGGAGGGCUGCAACAGCCGCACCAUCAUCAACCGCUUCUGCUACGGCCAGUGCAACUCCUUCUACAUCCCCAGGCACAUCCGGAAGGAGGAGGGCUCCUUCCAGUCCUGCUCCUUCUGCAAGCCCAAGAAAUUCACCACCAUGAUGGUCACCCUCAACUGCCCUGAACUGCAGCCACCCACCAAGAAGAAGAGGGUCACGCGGGUCAAGCAGUGCCGAUGCAUAUCCAUCGAUCUGGAUUAAGCUGGGCACACCCAGCCUGUCCUUGGGAUGCAGCCCCAGGCGGGCCCAGAGCCAGACCUAAAACCACCUGAUUCUUACUUGGCUUUAACCCUACAGAGAAGAGGAACCACCAGCUGCCUUCUGACAUGAGCCUGCUAGUGUGUAGUUUGUGUGUGUGAGUGUGCAUGGGUGUCUGUGGGUGUUUGCAGACGUAUCCAUUUCCAUGGGGACAGCACAGAAAGCCCCCACCAGGGAAGGUACAUGAAGAGGGGGAGGGCCAUGAUCUGGUUCUGCCUGUGUGUUACAUGUGCUCUCCCUCCUGGGGACCAGAAUCUCCCUUCCGAAUGAAUGUUAAUGGAAGAGGCUACUCUGACGGCAAGAGACCUGUUUCAGUGCUGCAUUAUACUUGGCAAGGGUGUUUACCCCUGUGCUUGCUUCCCUUCCACAAUCCAUCCCUUUUUAGGUUCUCAGUGUCCAUUUCAUUCUAAUCCCCUAUCUGCUAAGGGCUCUCAAUGCGCUCACAAGAUCACAGAUGCACAUGGUUCUCAUUUGGGGAAGACUCUCUAGACUCGGAGAGGCAGGUGUGUAUGUGGACAAGAAGGACACAGGAGCGAGAGGAGGGAGGGAUUGAAGGGGAGGACCAGCUGGGUACAGCAGAGUUCAGCAGCGAGAUGUGCAGAGUCUUAAAAGGCCACUCCCCAAACUCAUGGCAACUCCAGGCCUCUGCAGGUUUUCCUUGGUAUUUAACAGAAACCAAGUGAACAGAGAGAAAUGGAACUGCCAAAUCCUCAUUGACCAUGGCCAUCACUGUGAUCUGGUGAACUUGGCUGUACCCCAACACCAAACUUAAAACAAAUAUUGACCACUUCUGUUUUCAGAACCAAGUGAGUGAGCUGAACCAAGACAAGCCGUCCCUCUUACCCCUCAAGUGGACAGCGGAUUGAGUUCAGAACCCCCCAGUGCAGGGGUGGGAAGAGAACAAAUGCCACCGGAGCAGAAGGUCCUCUUAUCUUUCCUCUUGCUUGGUUGUAAUCGCCGCUUUCCCAGCCCAAGAUUUCUGUGCCCUGCUUCUGAGAGCCACCACCCUGUAUUUGAAAGAUUCUGCCUCUGCUAAGUGUACCGGGCAGUGAAGAACCAAGCGAAGGUGGGAGAGUUUAGGGCCUGCUCCAUUUUAGCUAGAGGUAAUACUUUGGGUCUCUAUGUUUUAGCCGUUGGUAGGAGAUGGAGCUGGAGAGCAGAGGAAAAGAAGGAAAUAAAGGAGACUGCCUCCGGCUAAGGAGUCAUUUAAUGCCAGGGAGGAGAUAGAAGGGAUGUGUUCUCUUCUACUUCCUUUGCUUUCUCAGGGUCUAAUGCGAAACCCCACUUAAGAAAUCAGAGCAUUUGGGUGCAUUAGCCGCCUUCCAACUGGUGGUGGGAUUCGUGUAACAUUGUAACCAUUGAACAUCCUGGUAGACCCCCUCCUCCGACUAAACCGAGGCUACUCGGAAUCCCUAUUUAGGAUUUAUCUAAUGGCCAAAGUAGAGGAUGGGGAGGCCCUAACUAUGUUUUGGAUUUGGCUAACCUGAUCUCUUCAAGCCUGAAGUUUUCUAUGUAAACCCAUCCCUACCCCUCAAACACUUCUUUUGCCUUGUACCUUCUCAUCCUCACUAGCCAAGUCAUGUGUGAAAUGGGAACCAUUGACUAGCAUUUUGCUGUCCAUCGAGACUCCAGCAUUGCACUAAAGAGGCUUCUUGUCUGUUAUUUUCUUUUUUUGGUGCAGUGCUCUCCCAUCUGACAACUAAGCAGGAACCAUACUUUGAUGCAUAAGUUAAUCUCAAACGCCCAAAAUAUUGGGUCUAAUUUGGAAACUUUUAAACUCACUACUGAUGAUUCCACACCAGGCAAAUCUGUUCGAACACACAGGCUGCACAUUUCAUAUACACUGUAUGCCCCUGCCCUAAAUCCUUCGAUCACCCCCAUCCUCCAACAAUAAAGCACAGAAUGGAUUUAAUUAAGCACACAAAUACUCUGCCAGAAUUUUGAGGGCGGGGGAGAGGAAAAGAAAGGGGAAGGAGCUGAACAUGUAAAACCACAAGAGAGAGGAAAAAUGACAUUCAGAACCGGCAGACACUGAAUUUCUCCUGUUGUUCUAACUCUGCCACAAGCAUGCAAUUUUGUUAAAAAGAGAUGACUUAAGUUGGCAGCAGCAAUCCUCAUUUAGUCGUUUGUACCACAGUCUUGCAUGUAAGUCAGAUUGGCUUAAGUAAAGAGAAUUUCCUCAAAAUUAACUUCACUGGGAUAAUCAGCAGCAUAAGUACCCUGAAAAAACAGCACUGGCCAAAGAGGGAAACGCCUGCUUUUCUGACCGCGCCUGUAUUAAGACCAGCGAAGUAUGGUGUGUCUUCCAACAUUUAUAGAAAGUGCCUUAUCUGUUACAUAUUGUAUUGGAGUCCCCGAUGAAGAAACACAUUUUUUUUCAUUACCAUAGCAAAAUAUUUUUUUAUGGCAAGAUAUUUGUGAUCUCAAUCUUUCCUAUUAAAAUAAUGCCAAACACCAAAUAUGAAUUUUAUGAUGUACGCUUUGUGCUUGGCAUUAAAAGAGAGAAACACACGUCCUGCAAGUCUGUAAGUUGUUUUUUGUUAUUGUGAUUCUUCAAAGUUAAAAAUGCAAGUGAAAAAUCUGGAGGAAAAGAUAAUUUCCACUGUGUGGAAUGUGAAUAGUUAAAAAGUUAUGGUUAUUUAAUGUAAUUAUUAAUUCAAAUCCUAUGGUCACUGUGAUUUUGAGCAUUUUUUUCUCCUUUAUUUGACUUUUCUCUGAGUUAAGCAAAGAUGAAACUGGCACAUUGUUUGUGGUUGAAGGAUUUUAUCGGGUCAGAGGGAAACAAUAAAAUCUUGACACAUCUGAACAUGUGUAACAGAA